CUGGAUGCGUAGACGGCAGAGGUAUAUAAUAAGGUAGUAGAAGGAAAGCGAGCAGAUCCAGAUCCCACCUCCAUUCCAUCUCUACCUCAACAGAUCUCCCUCUCAGGUCUCAGUACCACGCCGUGCUUGCUAAUUGCAACUCCAUUACAAUGUCGAGAAGGCCAAAUACAUCUCGCCGUCUGAUGGAUGCUGGGAGCCUUCCAUUUGUAGGCUCCCUGCAUCCCAAAUCACGCCCCUCUCCUUUUUUGUCUCUAGGGCUUGUGGUUGUGGGUGCAUUGCUGAUUAUUGGCUAUCUACACAGUGGAUCAGGUGGAAGAGCUGGAUUAGAAGCGUAUAACAGACUCGAAGGCGGUGUUUCAUGUACAUUAGAGCUACAAAAUGCAUUGCCUGUACUGAAAAAAGCAUAUGGUGAUAGCAUGCACAAAAUAUUGCAUGUGGGCCCCGACACCUGCUCGGUAGUGUCCACAUUGUUGAAAGAAGAGGAUACUGAAGCGUGGGGAAUUGAACCAUACGACUUAGAUGAGGCCGAUGCCAACUGCAAGAGUCUUGUACGGAAAGGCAUAGUGCGUGUGGCUGAUAUCAAGUUUCCUCUUCCUUACCGUGCCAAGUCAUUCUCCCUUGUCGUGGUGUCAGAUGCCGUGGAUUACUUGUCCCCGAGAUACCUUAACAAGACUCUUCCACAAUUGGCUAGAGUGGCUGCUGAUGGUUUAGUCAUAUUAUCCGGUUAUCCCGGUCAGCAAAGAGCUAAAGCGCCAGAGAUGUCUAAAUUUGGGCGCCCUGCCAAAUUGAGAAGCUCAUCGUGGUGGAUAAGGUUCUUCGUUCAAACGAGCUUAGAAGAGAACGAAGCUGCAACAAAGAAGUUUGAACAAGCGGCCGCCAAAAGAUCUUACAAGCCAGCCUGCCAAGUUUUCCACCUGAAGCCACUCCACUAACGAUGCCUUAGCAAGCGAGGAAGCAUUAUCGCCCACAGGCCGGCCACAGCCUGUUAAAUUAUUUUGACGAAAUUACAGUCUCUCCAGUUCUGCAAAAGCUAGAUCUGCUGUUUAAGAUGGUAUUGGUUUGCUGCAUAGAUUGUUCUUUUGAUAAUUGUAAAAGAAAAAUAAAACUAGUAAUUUAAUUCUUUUUUUCCCCCACUUUUUGGGCAUGUACUCUCAUUGACAAUAUUUAUAUAGUUGCUGGUUUUGCCUAGAACUUUAUUCCA